AUGGCCCAAAUAAUACUUGGAAGUUCGAAUCGUCAACGCCUCGAACCGUACCUCCUCCUCUCAAAAUCGGCAAAAGGAGCUGCAUCCGUGAAGCUAAUCAAGGAGGCACUCGCAGCACCUGGGGUAUACGUGUUUGCAGAAUUGUUGGAAAUGCCAAACAUUGUCGAGCUCAAGGACACUGAUAAUGAACAACAUAUGUCGUAUCAUACUUUAUUGCGUUUGUUUUCGUAUGGGACGUAUAAGGAUUAUAAAGAAAAUGCUGAGACAUUGCCAAAACUAGAGACAGCCCAACUUAACAAACUUAAGCAUUUAUCCAUCGUUUCUUUGUCAGAAGAAUCACGAACAAUCCCAUACGAUAUACUCUUGCAGUACCUCGACAUCUCAAAUGUACGUGAGCUCGAAGAUUUGAUCAUCGAGGCAAUCUACCAAGACGUGAUCAAAGGUAAACUAGAUCAGAAAAAGAAGCAGCUAGAGAUUGAGUAUACGAUGGGUAGAGACCUUCGACCUGGUCAGAUUGAUCAUAUGUUGCAGGUGCUUGCUGCGUGGUAUGUUAAUGUUAAUUUUUGCAAACUGCUUCCGUUUGUCGACUUGAAAGACUACUUCUCAGUAAGGUCUCAAACAUCCGAAGAAAUACUUAGAAAUAUUGAAGCAAAAAUUCAACAUGUCAAAGACGCAGCCGCGGCCAAUAAAGGUGAGAAAGAGAAAUACGAGGCGGAACUGGAGAAGGCACGAAAGAAUGUUAAAGUUACAAAGAACAGUGGCGGGAUUCUUGACCAUGGUGGAAUGGAUCAGAUGGAUAUUAUACCUGGUGGGAUCGAACAGUUCCAUAGUCACGAGUACGCGGAUGAGAAUUCAAGAGGUUCCCGGGUUGGAAAAAGGGGACCAAAACGAUUCUUACCCGUACCCGGACGCCGAUAG